CACACCAAUACCCACUCGAUGUUCCAGGUCGCCGCCCACCCGCAGACGUUCCCGCACCACCACCUGCGCCACGACGCACCGCCACAGCACCGCCGCCCGGCCUCUUCCGCCCCGGCCCCGAUCCAGCUGCCAAGGACGCUCGCGCGCCCGGCGUUCGCGGACAUCGCGCGCGACGCGCUGGCGGGCGCGGCGCCGGACCUGGCCGCGGCGGGGGUCCCGGACGAGUUCAUCCGGCACGGGCUCCGCGCGAAGGGCCCCGCGAUGCUCGCGGGCAUAUCGGCGCUCGCCCCGUCGCACAUCCCGCAGUCCCUCCCGCGGUCCCGGCUGCCCCCGGUGCUCUCCGUGCCGCUCCGCGCCGCGGCGCACGGCGUCGCGCUCCCGACGCACGCGCUCGCGGUGUCCCCCGCGGGCAAGGUCAAGGACGACGCGGACGCGCCGACGACGCUGUACCCGGUGCACGCCGUCGUGCUCGCCGCGCACUGCACCGCCCUCCCCCGCAUGCCCCGCCCCGCCGGCCCGGCCGGCCCGGCCUCCGCCGCCCACGCCGCGCUCCCCGUCCUCCCGCUCGCGCUCCCGUCCCCGCCCGCGUUCGCGAUCAUCCACGCCUGGCUCUACGCCGCGCGCCUCGACGCCGUGCUCUCCUCCCUCCUCCCCGCCGCGCUCCCUUCCCCGUUCCUCGCGCGCCUCGCCGACCCCGCCGCGCCCGCCCUCCGCACGCUCGAGGCGGCCCUCGCCGCCCGGCCGACCCUGCACGCGCUCGCGACGCACGUGUGCGCGGCCGCGGCGGGCAACCUCGGCGCGCUGAUGGGCCACGCGGGGCACGUGAAGGAGCUCUGGCAGGACGUCGUCGCGCUCGGCAUCUGCGACGCGGGGCUCUGGGCCGCGAUCGACGUCGCGUGGGAGGUCGUCCUCGGCGCGAUGAACCUCGCCGCCGCCCAGUGA